UCGGCAGCCGGAAGAUGCAGCAGUCUGAGGUGAGCGGGUCUCCCAGUGUCCUCCUGGUGGAGGCGUUCUACGGCGGCUCCCAUAAACAGCUGAUUGACCUGCUGAAGGACAACAUCGAUGGAUGCGCCGUCUGCACGCUGCCCGCCAAGAAAUGGCACUGGAGGGCCCGAACGGCAGCGCUCUCCCUUAGCCAGACCAUCCCCACCUGCCCCUCAUACAGGGUUCUGUUCAGCAGUUCGGUUCUGAACCUGUGUGAGCUGGUGGCCCUCAGACCAGAUCUGGCCCGUCUGAAGAAGGUUCUGUACUUCCAUGAGAACCAGCUGGUUUAUCCAGUCCGCAAAGACCAGGAGAGGGACUUCCAGUAUGGAUACAACCAGGUGUUGUCAUGUCUGGUUGCAGAUGUGGUGGUCUUUAACUCCCGGUUCAACAUGGACUCCUUUCUGUCGUCCAUCCACACCUUCAUGAAGAAGAUGCCAGACCACAGACCUAGAGACCUGGACCAGCAGAUCCGUCCCAAGUGUGUUGUCCUGAACUAUCCAAUCCAGUUCCCGGACGUCAGCAGGCUGCUGCCCAAGCACAAGCUGCUCCGUCUACCUGCUGAGACGUCUCAUGUUGGGGACAUCAUCAUUCCACCUGAUGAGCAGCAGCGGUCGUCACGGUCCGGGGGUCCACAUCAGUCCACAUCUGAGUCCACAGUCCAGAAACCUGUUUGUGAAGGGGACACAUGUGAGUCCAGAAUCCACAGACUUGUUGGUGAGGGGGACUCCGUAGACCAGAUGAAGCCUCUGCACAUCGUGUGGCCUCACAGGUGGGAACAUGAUAAGAACCCUGAGAUGUUCUUCAAAGUUCUACUGAAACUGAAGGAACGGCGACUAGACUUCCAAGUUUCCGUGAUCGGAGAGACCUUCACCGACGUUCCCGAGAUCUUCGCCUCCAGCCAGCGUCUCCUGGACCGCCACGUCCUGAACUGGGGCUUCCAAUCCGGCAGAGACCAGUACCUGCAGGUUCUGUGUGACGCCGACGUCGUCGUCUCCACCGCCGCACACGAGUUCUUCGGCGUCGCCAUGUUGGAAGCGGUCCACUGUGGAUGUUUCCCUCUCUGUCCCAAGGAGCUGGUUUAUCCAGAGAUAUUCCCAGAACAGUACCUGUACUCCACACCUGAGCAGCUCUGCAGACGUCUGCAGGAACUCUGCCAGAGACCAGACGUAGCCCGCCGACACAUCGUCAUGGUCAACACCUCUUUGUUUUCCUGGUCCUCCCUGAAGCCACGUUUCAAGACUUUACUGGCAGGAGAACAUCCCUGAACGCAGCACAGGCUGACUCCUCAGAGCUCAGACC